UUCUUUCCUGCUGAUGUGUGAGGGAGCUGCCUCUGCUGGGCGUCCAUCUCUGGUCCCCCUCCUGCAGCACAGACACUUCUCUCUCUUCCAGGACCAGAGCUGUGUGGGCAGAGCCAUGUAAUAUAAGGAGCCCAGCUGACUAUUACUCGCCAUCUUGUAGGAAAAAACAAAUAUCAGGACAAGAGGAGAGGGGCAGGGACAGCGUGAGAGGCUGUAACCGAAUUCUCCUUCCUAUUGGCUGUCUCGCAGAUCCCUUUGCAAGAGUCCUGGACUCCUCAGACCUGCAGACACCCCUCUGAUGGCGUCCAAACUUCUGAGAGCUGUCAUUCUUGGACCACCGGGUUCCGGCAAGGGGACCGUGUGCCAGAGGAUCGCCAAAAACUUCGGGCUGCAGCAUCUGUCCAGCGGCGACUUCUUGAGACAGAACAUCCGAUCCGGCACGGAGGCCGGCGUGUUGGCCAAGAAGUUCGUCCAGCAGGGUCUCGGCGUCCCCGAUGACCUCAUCACCCGCGUCAUGCUGUCCGAGCUGGAGAAGAGGACAACGCACGGCUGGCUACUGGAUGGUUUCCCCAGGACCCUGACUCAGGCGGAGGCGCUGGAUAAGAUCUGCGAGCUGGACUUGGUGAUCACCUUGAAUAUCCCUUUCGAGACGCUGAAAGAUCGACUGAACACGCGGUGGGUCCACCUGCCCAGCGGACGAGUCUACAACAUGGAGUUCAAUCCUCCAACUGUGACCGGCAUUGAUGAUGUCACCAGAGAGCCAUUAGUCCAUCAAGAAGCAGAUAAACCCGAAGCAGUCGUUACCAGGCUGCGCCAAUACAAAGACGUUGCCAAACCGGUUAUGGAAAGAUAUAAGGGUAAAGGCAUCCUGCACACCUUCUCAGGGACAGAGACCAACAAAAUCUGGCCAUAUAUCUACACGCUGCUGAGCACAAAGAUCACGCCGGUACACCCCGAGGACACGAGCCAGGCCUUCCGUCACGAGGACUCCUAAUGCCAACACCUAUUUAUUGGUCUUUGUGUGCCGUAUCAAUGUGGUGCUCUGUUCUCCUAUAUAAAUGCUGUAUAUGGUAUUUUGUUUAUAUAUAUAUAUAUUUCUUUUUAGAAGCUUUACGCACUUAUGUUUUCGAGAAAGUGUUUUCCGUUUUGUCCGGUGUGGCAAAGAUUUGUUUUUUUAACAACCAAUGAAAUUCCCUGAUUAAGCUGCAAACCUCCCUAUAUAUCAGGACACUGUGCCUAUCACUUAAAGGGUCAGUCCACUCAAGAGUGAUAUUUUCGU